CGGCGGCGCUGCGGCGGCUCCCGGGAGCGGGAGGCUCGGGGCGAGCGCGGCGCGAGGAGGGCGGCGGGUCCUCCGGGGGCUCUCGCGUGGCCGAGCGGCGCGCUGCCGGGCAUGGCGGGCUCCCUGCCUCCCUGCGUGGUGGACUGCGGCACCGGGUAUACCAAGCUUGGCUACGCAGGCAACACUGAGCCCCAGUUCAUUGUUCCUUCAUGUAUUGCCAUCAGAGAGUCGGCAAAGGUAGUUGACCAAGCACAAAGGAAGGUGUUGAGGGGCGUGGAUGACCUGGACUUUUUCAUUGGGGAUGAAGCCAUCGAUAAACCCACAUACGCCACCAAGUGGCCAAUAAGACACGGAAUAAUCGAAGACUGGGAUCUUAUGGAAAGGUUCAUGGAACAUGUGAUUUUUAAAUAUCUUCGAGCUGAACCUGAGGAUCAUUAUUUCCUAAUGACAGAACCUCCGCUGAACACACCAGAAAAUAGAGAAUAUCUUGCAGAAAUUAUGUUUGAAUCUUUUAAUGUACCAGGACUCUACAUUGCAGUUCAGGCAGUGCUGGCCUUGGCCGCGUCGUGGACGUCUCGGCAGGUCGGUGAGCGCACGCUGACAGGCAUCAUCAUCGACAGCGGGGACGGGGUCACCCACGCCAUCCCAGUGGCGGAAGGUUAUGUAAUCGGAAGCUGCAUCAAACACAUCCCGAUUGCAGGUAGAGAUAUUACGUAUUUCAUUCAACAGCUGCUAAGGGAGAGGGAGGUGGGAAUCCCUCCUGAGCAGUCACUGGAGACCGCAAAAGCCAUUAAGGAGAAAUACUGUUACAUUUGCCCUGACAUCGUCAAGGAAUUUGCCAAGUACGACCUGGACCCCCGGAAGUGGAUCAAGCAGUACACAGGCAUCAAUGCCAUCAACCAGAAGAAGUUCGUGGUGGAUGUGGGCUACGAACGGUUCCUGGGCCCCGAGAUUUUCUUCCACCCCGAGUUUGCCAACCCAGACUUCAUGGAGUCCAUCUCGGAUGUUGUUGACGAAGUGAUACAGAACUGUCCCAUCGAUGUGCGCCGUCCGCUGUACAAGCAAUAUCCACAAGAAAGGAAAACUGAAGACAGACUGGAUAUUGAGAACGUCGUUCUUUCAGGAGGUUCGACAAUGUUCAGAGACUUUGGACGGCGGCUGCAGAGAGACUUGAAAAGGGUGGUGGAUGCCAGACUGCGACUCAGCCAAGAGCUCAGCGGCGGCAGAAUAAAGCCCAGGCCGGUGGAGGUGCAGGUGAUCACGCACCACAUGCAGCGCUUCGCCGUGUGGUUCGGCGGCUCCAUGCUCGCCUCCACCCCCGCGUUCCUGCAGGCCUGCCACACCAAGAGGGACUACGAGGAGCGCGGCCCCAGCAUCUGCCGCCACAGCCCCGUGUUCGGAGUCCUGUCCUAGCGUCAGCCUGGCCCUUGGCCUGUGGGUCACCUCGCCAGCCCGCUGUCCUUCAGGCCCUGCAGAGCGGGGUCAGCGGUGAUGCCGAUGUUGGGGGGCAUAAGGCACCUGCGCCAGGCGGAGCCCCCGUGCCGCGGUGCCCCCCCUCCUCACGCCCUGCACUCCAGCCAGCUUCUGGGGAUGCGGGAAUGUUGGAAGGAGCUUAACUGCGACUACUCACCAUUAG